AUGAAGACUUAUCGUUACAGUGAUGCGAUUUACCACCCUUCAAACAUAAGUUUGAAGAAUAAGAAAAGUAAAGAUUAUCUUAUCCUCCGUGACAAGCUGGAAAACCCAGUUUCGUAUUUGAUGCCCAAAAGUAAUUCAAUGAAUCCAAACCAAUCAAAGUCUGAGUUUUUUUUCUUAAUCUGA